GGAGUACCUUCCACCGACAUCAGGACCCCUACCUGGAAGGGUUAAUGAUUCAGGACUCGGGCGGGGGCCGUGCCGGAGUGAGCGGAUGGAACUGUCCCAGGAUGCAAACCCACAGAUAGGCGUAUGAGUGUUCGGGUGGCUUCCUCUUCUGAAAAGAAACCCUCACCGAGAGGAUGAAAGGAGCGGAUUAUCAUCACCUCCUCCACCCCCUCAGCCAGCCAGCCUCCAUCAGCUAGCCCGGAGCAGAACUGGAUCUGAGCGGGGACCGGGAACAUAGACCACAAAACGGCUCUGUGGAUUGCCCCACUCUGGAAUUUGAAUAUGGAGACGCAGAUGUGCACGCAGCAGAGCUGUCAGAAUUGUAUAGCUACACUGAAAACCCGGAAUUCACCACUAACAGGAGGUGCUUUGAAGAAGAUUUCAAGACUCAAGGGCAAGGAGUGGCUGGAGUUGGAGGAAGAUGCCCAGAAAACCUACGUGAUGGGACUCCUGGACCGGCUGGAGGUGGUCAGUAGGGAGCGGCGACUGAAGGUGGCCCGGGCUGUUCUCUACCUGGCCCAAGGCACUUUUGGGGAAUGUGAUUCAGAGGUCGAUGUGCUACACUGGUCCAGGUACAACUGCUUCCUGCUCUAUCAGAUGGGGACCUUCUCGGCCUUCCUGGAGCUACUCCACAUGGAAAUCGACAACAGCCAGGCCUGUAGCAGCGCUCUUCGGAAACCAGCCAUCUCCAUCGCCGACAGCACAGAGCUCCGGGUGCUGCUGAGUGUCCUGUACCUGAUGGUGGAAAAUAUUCGCCUGGAGCGAGAGACAGACUCCUGUGGGUGGAGGACAGCCCGGGAGACCUUCCGCACUGAACUGAGCUUCUCCAUGCAUAAUGAGGAACCUUUUGCCCUUCUGCUUUUCUCCAUGGUUACCAAGUUCUGCAGCGGCCUGGCUCCCCACUUCCCCAUAAAGAAGGUCCUGCUUCUGCUCUGGAAGGUGGUCAUGUUUACCCUUGGUGGAUUUGAGCACCUGCAGGCUCUCAAAAUACAGAAGCGGGCAGAACUGGGCCUGCCUCCACUGGCCGAGGACAGCAUCCAGGUGGUGAAGAGCAUGCGUGCCGCCUCCCCACCCUCUUACACUCUCGACCUGGGGGAGUCUCAGCUGGCACCACCACCGUCCAAGCUGCGAGGCCGCCGUGGUUCUCGAAGGCAACUCCUCACCAAGCAGGACAGCCUGGACAUCUACAAUGAAAGAGAUCUCUUUAAGACUGAGGAACCAACCACAGAGGAAGAAGAGGAACCUGCUGGUGAUGGAGAACGAGCCUUGGAUGGAGAGUUAGACCUGCUAGAACAGGACCCUCUGGUGCCACCUCCACCCUCGCAGGCACCUCUCUCUGCUGAGCAGGUGGCUUUUCCCAAGGGCCUACCCUGGGCCCCAAAGGUCAGGCAGAAGGACAUUGAGCACUUUUUGGAGCUAAGCAGGAACAAGUUCAUCGGAUUCACUCUGGGGCAGGACACAGAUACCUUGGUUGGAUUACCCAGGCCCAUCCACGAAAGUGUGAAGACCCUAAAGCAGCACAAGUACAUCUCCAUCGCAGAUGUUCAGAUCAAGAAUGAGGAGGAGCUGGAGAAGUGCCCCAUGUCUUUGGGGGAAGAGGUGGUACCAGAGACGCCAUGUGAAAUCCUCUACCAGGGCAUGCUGUAUAGCCUCCCCCAGUACAUGAUUGCUCUGCUUAAAAUUCUGCUGGCUGCGGCCCCCACCUCUAAGGCUAAGACAGACUCUAUCAAUAUCCUGGCAGAUGUCCUGCCUGAGGAGAUGCCCAUCACUGUUCUCCAGAGCAUGAAGUUGGGCAUCGACGUGAACAGACACAAGGAGAUCAUUGUGAAGAGCAUCUCUGCCCUGCUCCUGCUCCUCCUCAAACACUUCAAACUGAACCACAUCUACCAGUUUGAAUAUGUAUCGCAGCAUUUAGUAUUUGCCAACUGCAUUCCACUGAUCCUGAAGUUCUUCAAUCAAAAUAUCUUGUCCUACAUCACUGCUAAAAACAGCAUCUCAGUCCUCGAUUAUCCUUGCUGUACCAUCCAGGAUUUGCCAGAACUUACCACGGAGAGUCUGGAAGCUGGAGAAAACAACCAGUUCUGCUGGAGAAACCUCUUUUCCUGCAUCAAUCUUCUGAGGCUGCUCAAUAAGCUGACCAAAUGGAAACAUUCCAGAACCAUGGAAGCUAAAUAUGGACCCUUCCUCAGGGCUGCUCUGAUGCUGGUGGUGUUUAAGUCUGCUCCAAUCUUAAAGCGGGCCCUCAAGGUCAAACAGGCCAUGCUACAACUUUAUGUCCUGAAGCUGCUAAAAAUACAGACCAAGUACCUUGGGCGCCAGUGGAGGAAAAGCAACAUGAAAACCAUGUCAGCCAUUUACCAGAAAGUGCGCCACCGCAUGAAUGAUGACUGGGCUUACGGGAAUGACAUCGAUGCCAGGCCAUGGGACUUCCAAGCAGAAGAAUGCACCUUGAGGGCCAACAUCGAGGCUUUUAACAGCCGCCGAUAUGACAGACCGCAGGACUCUGAAUUUUCACCUGUAGAUAACUGCUUGCAGAGUGUGUUGGGGCAGCGGUUGGAUCUGCCUGAGGAUUUCCACUAUUCAUAUGAGAUCUGGCUGGAAAGAGAGGUGUUUUCACAGCCCAUCUGUUGGGAAGAGCUGCUCCAGAAUCACUAAGCUCUUGUCUACAAAGCAGCUGAUAGAUGGAG